AUGCCGACAUCUGACAGUGCUAUUUCCUUCGGUGCCAGUACCAGCGCCAGUAUCAGCACAUGUCCGUCAGUCCCCAAGACCAAAGAAUACAUGGAUUCCCUGGUGCUGCCGUCCCAGGCCAAGUUGGAGCACAUAGCUCAGGUGCAGGAGGAGAAGGAGGUUGAAGCCCGCCGCAGAGCUCGAGACGAGUGGCGCCGGCGCUCAGCGUCUGGUGCCUCGGACGGUAUCCACCACGCCGCCAGUACCGGCCAUCACAAACACGAGCGUGACGAGGCCGCCAAGGUUAUCCAAAAGACGUUUCGAGGUUAUCGUGCCAGACGGGAGCUGCAAGGCUACAGUCUGAACGCGAGCACACGAUGGGUCACGGCGGUUCGAGAAGCUCAGUUUCGCCAAGGCAUAAAGCCCCACGCUACUGCUGCUUCGCCUUCUGCCGCCGACGGCGAUGUUCUCGCGCUCGAGGACCCCGUUGAUUAUCGCCCGGCCAGUGCAAGGCAGAAGUGGAAAAAGGUAAGCUUGGUGGCCCGCCGCGCAGGACACGAUGCUUCCGACUCGGAGUCUGAUUCGGACGAGGGCGAUUUGGAAGGCAUGACGUCAGAGGAGAAAGCAGCGGCCAAGGAACGGCGUCUCAAGGCGACUGCUAAGCGACGCCAGGCUGCUCGUAUGCUGGGCCUGCAGUACUUCUUGGAAAUGGUGGACUCGAAGCACAGGUACGGUAGCAACUUGCGCAUGUACCACGAGGAGUGGAAGAAGUCGGACACAAAGGAGAACUUCUUUUACUGGUUGGAUUACGGCGAGGGCAGAUUUAUCGAGCUGGACACGUGUCCGCGGGAUAGACUUGAGCGGGAGCAAGUACGGUACUUGUCCCGCGAAGAACGACAGUAUUACCUCGUCCGGGUGGACGCAGAGGGACGUCUAUGCUGGGUGAAGAACGGUGCCCGGAUCGACACCACCGAACAGUUCAAGGACAGCAUCCACGGCGUCGUGCCCCUUGACGAUCCCACGCCGGCAUUCGCGCCUACGGCCUCGCAAAACCUGCACUCACAAGACAAUGAUGACGACGACAACGACGACGACUCAGACUCAUCCGACGAGUCCAAGCGCGAAGCCGACCGCGCCGCCAAGUACGCCGAUCCCGGCUUCGACGACUCCAAGGGACUCAAGAAGGUCACGCACAUUUCCGCUUCCACCAUUUUCAACCAGCUCCUACGCAAGUCAGUCAAGAAAAACACGUGGAUCUUCGUGGCAGACACCUCCUUCAGACUCUAUGUCGGCAUUAAGGACUCUGGCGCCUUCCAACACUCGUCCUUCCUCCAGGGUGGUCGCAUCUCUGCCGCCGGACUCAUCAAGAUCAAAAAAGGCCGCCUGUCAUCCUUGUCGCCACUGAGCGGCCACUACCGUCCGCCGGCGAGCAGUUUCCGCGCCUUUGUGAAGAAUCUCAAGGAGGAGGGCGUGGAUAUGAGCCACGUGUCUAUAUCCAAGUCGUACACCAUUCUCGUCGGGCUGGAGACGUACCUCAAGACGAGGAAAAAGGGCAAGGAGCUCGUGGGGAAGUUGAUGCACGGCAAAGACAAGUUGGUUGCGCCCGAGGAGGUGCAGCGGCGGGAGGAGGAAGAGAAGGACAAGAGCGAGAGUGCGGAAAAGGAGAGGCGGGUGUUGGAGAGGGAGAGGGAGGAGGCGGACAAGGUCAAGCGGGAAAUGAGCAAGAGUGAUAGAGUCAUGGAGAAGAUUAAGAGUUUGCCGGUGCAUACCAAGUGA